GUCUCACUUGCAAUUAACUUCCACAGCUGGAGUACACAACUCCCUGAGUCCAUCUUCAUCAAGUACAUGCACUGCUUACUCUCGUCCAAGUCCAACCACUUCCUCCAGAGUCCAAACUCCAAAGCUUAUAAAAGCUCAGCCGGCCGGUGCCAUUCUCGUGGUAUUUCGCCCCUCUGCCUAUCCAGUCGUUCUCUCUCGCACACCACACACAGAGACAGACGCACAAACGAACAGUCGAACACCACGAGAAUGGCAUCCGUUCUCGUGUUCUCUCGGUGUUCUCUGCUGCUUCUCCUCCUGUUGGGGACGGCCUCACGAGCGCUGAAGAUCGGCGACCUGCUUGGGGAACCACCGGCGGGAAACCAGGGUUGUAGCCGGACAUGCGAAUCCUCGUUCUGCACGGUUCCGCCGCUGCUGAGGUACGGGAAAUACUGCGGGAUCAUGUACAGCGGUUGCCCCGGCGAGACGCCCUGCGACGCCCUCGACGCCUGCUGCAUGGUCCACGGCCAAUGCGUCGACACCCACAACAAUGACUACCUGAACACGCGGUGCAACGAGAACCUGCUGAGCUGCCUCGACAGGGUGAGCCCGGCGGGGCCGACGUUCCAGGGGAACGAGUGCGACGUUGGCCAGACGGCGUCCGUCAUACGCGGGGUCAUCGAGACGGCCGUGCUCGCGGGCAAGAUCCUCAACAAGCGCGACGACGGCCAGUAGCCGGCGCCCGGCAGGACUGCUGGAGCGACCAAAGAGGCUUGCGGUUCUAGGAACAGGCCGUGCUUGCAAAGAACAGCACAAAUAAAGUCGCAUGCGCGCGGCGCGGCGCCCGUCCGUGUACUGUAGUCCAAGUUGGAGGUCGUGGACCACUGUGGGUGCAGUUUGUAUUGGUGUAUAUUGUACACGGUUUGUGGUAGGAUUAAUUGGCAGGGAUGCAGCCAAAUUCAAACGGUUGUAACAUUGUUGUUCCUUUAUUAGCCGAUACAAUAGAACAAGAUAGAUUAUAAUGAUAG